UAGCAGUAGAGAGACGGGGAUCCCAGCGGCACGUUGCCGCUAUAUGAAACGACUGCAGUCUCAGCCGCGAAAACCAUUGAAUUUUCUCAUCUUUUCUUUCAUUAGAAUUUCGUAAACGGUGGCGCGAUGCACUAGAUCAUGUAGGAUAAAUACUUUUUACAUUUUCUUUUUUCUUUUUUUUACUCUACUGGAUAUAACUACGAGCCUCUUUCGUCCCGCGGCGUUCCAUUGAUAUUAUUUUGUGGCAUAUUCAAGUGCGAACUUUCUGAAAACUAUUGCAAGAUAAGUCAUCAGUCAAGCCCUUGACGAAGAUACUAUUGUGUGACAGUACUGUGACUGAAUCAUGAGUGAACAGAGUAUCUGUCAGGCGCGGGCCGCUGUCAUGGUGUAUGACGAUGCCAAUAAGAAAUGGGUUCCAGCCGGCGGCUCCACAGGCUUCAGCAGAGUGCACAUAUACCACCACACGGGCAACAACGCCUUCCGGGUGGUGGGACGCAAAAUACAGGACCAUCAGGUGGUAAUAAACUGUGCCAUUCCCAAGGGGCUCAAGUACAACCAGGCCACACAGACCUUCCACCAGUGGCGUGAUGCCAGGCAGGUCUACGGCCUCAACUUUGGCAGCAAGGAGGAUGCCAACGUAUUCGCCAGUGCCAUGAUGCAUGCCCUGGAGGUGCUCAACUCUCAGGACACAGGUGAGGGCCCCACGUUGCCAAGACAGAGCCCCCAGGUUCAGAAUGGACCUUCGCCAGAGGACCUGGAGAUGCAGAGAAGGCAGCUGCUGGAGCUGCAGCGGCUGAAGGAGGUGGAGCGUGAUCGACUGGAGCGGGAGCGCCAGGAGAGGGAACGGCUGGAGCGUGAGAUGCAGGAGAGGGAGCGCGAACGGGAACGCCAAGACCGGGAGCGCCAGGAGCGAGAACGGGAGCGCUCCGAGAGGGAGAGGGAGAGGGAGAGGGAGAGGGAGCGCGCUGAACGGGAUCGCCUGGAGUGCGAGCGUCAGGAGAAGGAGAGAGAGCAGCUGGAGAGAGAGAGGGAGCUGAUGGAGAGAGAAAAGCAGGAGAGGGAGAGGAUGGAGAGCGAGACUCACCAGGAGCAGCAGUUGGACAGAGAGCAGAUGGACUGGGAGAGAGGGAGACGCAUCUCCAACGCCGCAUUUGAAAGUACCCUCUACACCCCUCCGCCUCCAGAGUACUCCUCCAAGACCUCCUCUACGUCUGUGUCUCCUACCACCCCCAACUACCCUCCGCCCACCACGUCACCCUCCUCUGCAACACCCCCCACCCCGCCUCUACGACACUCUGCCUCCCGAUUCGCCACCUCUCUAGGCUCCGCCUUCCACCCGGUCCUGCCCCACUACGCCACAGUCCCCAGGCGACAGCCUGUCCCACCCACGCCCCCCGCCCCAGCCCCGGCAACCCCCACCAAGUCAGUGGUGUGGUCAGCAACCAACUUCAGCCCCCUGCCUCCCUCACCCCCCGUCAUGAUCAGCAGCCCGCCGGGCAAGGCCACCGGCCCUCGCCCCGUCAUCGCCAUCCCGGCCCCCAGCCCCCUGUCACAGAAACACCCCUCUCCCUCCCCCAAUGGGCCCCCCAUGUUCCCUGCUCCUUCACCUGUCACCAUCGGUAACAGCAGCAACCCCACCCCGCCUCCCCCUCCCACCCCGCCUCCCCCUCCACCGCUGCCCCCUCUCUCCCUGUCGUCAUCCUGCCAGCAGUCGCCCGUCGUCUCCCACAUCGCUCCCCUUGUGUCCUCUCCCUCAUCCCAGCCUGCUAUUGUCCCUUCUCCUUCCACAGCUCCCCCUGCAUCUACUGACCUCUCUGUAAACCUCUCUGUGCUGGGAGACUCCUGCUCCGCGGCUCCAGAGGCCUCUCAGCCUGCAGACCCUCUGGCCCAGCAGGACACAGCAUUGACUCUGGUGCUGCCCACCCCUCCUCCCCCUCCCCCCCUCCCUCCCAGCUCCACUGUGACCCACACGGCUGCUGCCCCACCAGGCCCUCCUCCCCCUCCCCCCUUACCCCCCACUCCUACCAGUGGCGGGGCCCCUCCCCCACCCGGACCUCCACCUCCCCCCGGUGGCCAGGCCCACCCUCCCCCUCCCCCAGCCCCUCCCCUGCCACCCGGCCUCUUCUCCCCGUCGGAGGACCGCCCCCUGUCCGGGCUGGCUGCUGCCCUCGCUGGAGCCAAACUGCGUAAAGUGCCAAGGAGUGAUAGUGGUGGUGAUGCGGCAGCUGCUCUGGCUGUAGCCAUGGCUGGUGGCUUGGCUGGCUCUGCAGGGGCCAAACCUGGAGGGAACGGUCCUCUGGGAGGAGCACCUGGAGGAGGGGGGCUGAUGGAGGAGAUGAGCGCCCUGCUGGCCAGAAGGAGAAGAAUUGCAGAGAAGGGAUCAUCGCCUGAGCCAGAGCAGCGAGCUGAUGAGAGCGGCGAGGGCACCACAACUCCCAAAGUGUCAGCCUGUAGCACACCAGACAUGCCCAGAAAACCUUGGGAGAGGACUAACACUCUGAAUGGUAGCAAAUCCCCGGUCAUUGGAAGACGGGACUCACUGUGGAGAAAUCCGAUGGGUUCUGAUAUCGUAAACAGACCGAAGUCCACACCCACACCGACUGGAUCCCUAAGUGCCAACGGGGUGCCAACAGAAGGUCUCGACUACGACAGAUUGAAACAGGACAUUCUGGAUGAGAUGAGGAAGGAGUUGUCGAAGCUGAAAGAGGAACUUAUUGAUGCCAUCAGGGAGGAGCUGGGAAAGUCGAGCACGGCGUAGAAGGAUCUCACCUCCCUGUACAUUACAUCCAUUACCAGACACCUGUGACAGGUCAACUUCAGAUAGGACAAUAUUAUAAAGAAACGAAAAAGGAAAACAAAAAAAGUCUAAAAAGGUGGUGACGAUAACAAUAAUAACCGUAUUAAUACAGAAGAAAGCAUUUUGUGAGCGGAGCAGCAUCAGACACACAGCUGGGGAUGAGUGAGAGUGGGAGGCGAGGGAGAGCGGGAUGCGUGUAGCAUGGAAGCACUGCUGGCGUCCAUCUUGUGAAGCCUGGCCGUUCCCGCCAUUUUCCCGCAGCCUCACCAGGAGGACAGGACACAGUCUUAAGAGGAGUGACUGUCAUUAUGCAAAGAUUUCUCUCUUUGUCGAUAACACAAGAAAACAAGGAAAAUCAACAAAUAAAAAAUAACACUAUAUUGAACUGUAUACUGUAUUAACCAUUGAAGUGUGAGAAAUCAAACAGACAGCAUUUACACUAAGAAUUGGAACGGUUAGCGUGCACUUGUGAUUUCAUAGCGAAAAGGCACAUUUAGUGGGUGAGUGUGAAGUUUGGAGGCAGGAGAGUGAGGGAAGUAGGACUCAGUUCCCCAUAGGGCCAUAGGAGGGAGCCUCUGGGUGUGAAUGAAGGACUGACUGAUGGACUUGGUAUAGUCUACUGCUGCAGGACUCUGUAAAGCUAGUCUUCCUCAAAUACUAUUUUAACCUGAAUAUGUACAAAAGAAGAAAAAAAGAUAUCUACAAGUCUAUCAAUCAUGUCUGUUUUAAUGUAAACCAUGGCCAUAUCAAGUAGCUUAAUCAAAUCUUUACAUGAUGGUCUGUCUCUUGGUCUGUUUGGUUUAGUAUCCAAAUAUCAUUCUUAUUUUUUCUAUAGAAACAAUUGCUCUAAUGAGCUACUGUAGUGCAUUUCUGUGUGUUGCAGACUGAUGAGACAGUCACAAAGGGUAUGCCUUUCUAAACGUCAAUCAUUGUAGCUCUUUACCAAACAACCUCUGUCAAUUAGUGAUGAUUAAUAAUGCUAAAGUCACCAUGACCAGAUCUGGAGAUAGAGCUAUUUGAAAUCUCUGUACUGUUAUUAUGAGCUGAACCUUUUUUUCCUCUCCCUCGCAGUUUCUGUCCAAUUUUUGGUGCAUGUAAGGUUUUGUACGGUGAGGGUCGUGAGGCUAUCACGAAAUGUAAUUAUUGUCCGUCAGUUUAUAAGCAAUAAGUGUAGCAUCUGGGUUGACUUUCCCACACAUUAUUCCUUUUAAAUGUUCCUGUUCUUUUAACUCCAUUCUGAACACCUGUUAAGGAUGUGACUGUGACAGUAUCUCCUCCUUUCCUCUACGUCCACCUCCUCCAUAGAUUCUAACUGUGUGAAACAGAUGGGUUGAGAAAAGAUGGAUGGACAGACCCUCCCUGUUUAUAGCCAUAAUGUACUUAAUUUACUGAGGUAUGUCAUCAUUUUUUCAAUUCAUGGUAUUUUGUUUUGGGAUUGAAGGCUACUGUAUCUUAUUAUUGAUAUUGCAGCUAAAUUCAAUUUCUUCUCUUUUUUUUGCAUUUGAAAGAAUUAGUAAUGAAAAAGGAUAUGAGGGACACCCCAGAAAGAAGUCUGUCUGCAUGAUGUAUCCGUGGACAUGCUUGUGGCAUUAAGUGUUUCACUUGCGCUUCAUGAUUAUUAGUAAAAAAUUAAAAAUAAAAGCCUUUAUUUCCUCCCCUAUAAUAUGAAGUUCUGAUAAUGGCACACCUUACACCCCCCACAACCCCCCUUUGUUUGACUAAUUUGGUCAUGGGAAUGGCAACUUUUUAUUGAAAAUGUUGUUUCCUUUUCAAAACAAAACAGUGCCGAGUUUGCGUUCCUAAAAAUCUCGAUGUACAAUCAACUGAGAGAAACCAAGUGAACAUGAGACUAGUGUAAAAGAAUGAACUGUCUUCAAUGUAAAACUCUAUUGCUCCUAUUGCUUCUAUUCUCUUGACUUGCUGGUAAGGGGAUUGACUUUGAUCAGGGAUCUGACAUGGCAACAGCUGAGGUGUGGUGGUGAGCAUUAUUCAAAACACUCCCCUUGUGUGUGUUUUGCUCAAACACAACUAAUACCCUUCUCUCUGGAUCAAAGCAUAGGAAGGUUUGCACGCAAGAGUGUUUACAGCAUUGAUUGCACUUUAUAAACCCAUAGAAAUUCAUGAUACUAUGAUGAACCUGCUUACAAGAUGCAGCCAUCGCCAAUAGUGUGGCUAUCGCACCAAAGGUUUCAGCUACAAUCUCCUCCUACACACGUCACACUCUACUGAGUGGCCUUUUGUUUCAUCAUUGUCAAGAGAAGGAUCUAUAUCGAUUUCUUUGGAUUGGGUGGUGAAACGUUCUGAUCAAGGAUCAUUCAUAUCUACGGAUAAUUAUGUUUGUGAUCUUCAUGGUUUGUGCCUUGUUCUGAAUUUGCAUUUAAUAUGUCAAAGAUUUAAAGACUAGUAAUAAUUAUAGGAACUGUCAAUCUCACACAUGAUUUUUUUGUUGUUGCAUCCUGGUAUAGUUAUUUUAAAGGGAGAAUAAAGUUAUCUUUCAAAGUACAGACAUGGUGUAUUUUCCUCAUGCCAUUUGUAUGUUACAGAGCGGUUUAUGUUCAUGGCGCUUGGAAAUCAAAUUGUUGAUUUAGUCCCCAAACUCAGAUUUUGCCAUCUCCUGAUGGAACCGAAGUUGGAGGACAUAAUAAAAAAUAUUCGGGAGAAAUUAAACUGAAUGUCUCUGAAAUUAAUUUAUCAGUUUCCUUUAUUUGUAUUAUUUUAUUCAAAUUGUACCAUACUGUUCUCAUGUUAAUUACAAUUUUCUUACAUGCUAACAUUGUUUUGUUUGAGCGAAUGAAAUAAAAAAUUGCAAUACAUGAUCAAAAAG